GGGGGUGGGCGUUGAGAUGGGCGCGGGAAAAGCAAGUGAUGUAGUUUUUAGUUAGCACUGAAUGCUAAAAGUCAGUCAGUCAGUUUAGUUUAUCUGUUAUAGCUAGUUUUCUUGUUUAAUUCACCAGACUCCAAUCGCUGGAAACACGCUUUUAAAGAAUUCAGAAGAUGAAGAUAGCUGUGUUUUAUUGGUUGUGAGGAUAUUUAGAGCAGAUAUGGUGGAUAUUCUGGGGCUGGUGUUGAGGCAGUUCAGCUCCGGCAGUAUCACCGGGGUGUGUACCCAGCCGGGUACCGGGCUGUGCGCCCCGGAGAGCGGCGCACUCGUGACUGGAGACCGAGGCUUUAGUAGGCCGCUACUGUUACUCUCAGCUCUGACUGCAGCUUCAGAAUUAGCAGUUAAAGUGCUUUAUUUCACUCCGAGUCAGAUUCAGAGCCUUCCUAUAUCGUUUCAGGGUGCCAGGAGAGCUGAAUGUCUUAAGAAAAUCAGGUUUGUAUACCCCAAGACCCUGGAGGAGCUUCUGGAGGACGUGGCCUCUCUUCACGAGCUGGUGCCUCAGUCUGGAUCUCUCCCUUCUCUGCUCAUCGUGGACGGUUUAGAGCAGUAUGUUUGUGGUCCAGCUGCACAGGACAGAACCCCACAGGAGGCUCAGAGUGCAGCGGCUCAUGUGGUGGCUCUCCUGCACGACACGGCAGCUUUCCUCACCCAGAAACUGGGAGCCAGGGCGGAGAACCAGGACCAGAACCAGAACCAAACCCAGGACCAGGUCCAGAGCCAGUGCAGGGUCAUCGUCUCCUUUCAGCCUGAAUGGGAAGGACAGGGUGGGUGUCCUGCUUUAGUUUCAGACCCCAUUCUUUCUGUUUUGGAGCGAUACCUGCAGGUGAGAUGCACUACAGAAAAGGUGAGGAGGGGGGAGGAGCCAAACGAGUGGCUGUUUUGUCUCACAGGGCCUGGACUGCAAGCUGAUGGGGAUGGAAAAUCAGAGGAACGGCUUCAGUGGCGUGUAGUUCUGAAGUCUAAUGGUACACUGGAUUUCUGCCCAAUCAGUCGUGUGAAAGAGGACACAUUAGAAACCCUGCAAAACCCUGUGGAAGUAAAAGAUGACUAGACUAAGGGUGGGACAAAAUAUCGAUAUGGUUUCUGCUUCAAUACUCCACAUGGUGGUGCUAUAAUCAAAUGAAUAGGGUAAAUAGAAGAAUAUUGGUUAUGAAAUUCUUUAAAAACUGACACCAGUAAAUCCAUAUUUUAUCCUCUUCAGUAACACAGAUGCUGAGAUGUAUCGUAGAGAAUUGUUUUGUGAUAUAUCGAGUGUCGCAGAUUCACAGUAUUGCGAUAUUAUGCAUUAGGGCGAGAGCCCUUGUGUUUAUAUACUAUUUCUUAACGAUACAUUGUUGUUGUGGACACAGCUCUUUGAACCGUAAACAAAAAACCCAACUCACUUCUCGCUUUAUGAAUUGUUCACUCUUUAUAUUUGUGCUUGUUUGCAUUACAGUCCAAUAAAAAAAUAAAUACA